AUGUCACCACGCUCGUUCUUCCUCCUAAAAUGUCUCUCCAUGGUUGGGGUUGUGUCGGCUGCACUGGAUGUGGACCUCACCGAUGCCCAGUCUAUCAGAGAUAACGCAGCUCUGGUAGCAUACGACCUCUUAACCUUCUACAAAGGCAACCAGUCUGGCCAGAUUCCUGGAAUCCUGCCAGGUCCUCCGCCUGAUGGCGACUACUACUGGUGGCAAGGUGGUGCGAUGUGGGGGGCGCUGAUCGACUACUGGCAUUACACGGGCGACAUGUCGUACGUGAACACGACCACCGAGUCGCUGCUGUUCCAGACGGGUCCUCGCAAUAAUUAUAUGCCGCCGAACUGGACCGCAUCCCUAGGAAACGACGACCAGGCCUUCUGGGCUCUUAGUACGAUGGCUGCCGCCGAGGUACGGUUCCCAGACCCGCCGGAAGACGACGUCCGGCAGUGGCUGGCCCUCACGCAGGCCGUCUUCAACACCCAAGCACAUCCAGACCGGCACGACGACUCAUGUAAUGGCGGAUUAAGAUGGCAGAUCCCUCCCAGUAACAACGGUUAUAACUACAAGAACACCAUCGCCAAUGCUUGCUUCUUCAACAUCGGCGCCCGCCUCGCUCGCUACACCUCCAACACGACCUACUAUUCUUGGGCAUUCGACACCUACGACUGGAUGAAACGGGUGUCAUACAUCGACCCCGAGUACAACGUCUACGACGGCGCACACGUGUACCACAACUGCACCGACAUCAACAGGGCCCAGUUCUCGUACAACUCGGGCAUGCUGCUCCAGGGCGCGGCGUUCAUGUACAACUGGACGUCCUCGCAGACGGACAACACGACGCUGAGCGAGCAGGAGGCGGCGUACUGGGAGUCGGAGGUGCGGGGGCUGAUGAACGGCACGCUGCGGGUCUUCUUCCCGGACGGGAUCGCGCACGAGCCGGCGUGCGAGGACGUCGGGACGUGCACGAGCGACAUGCUGAGCUUCAAGGGCUACGUGGCGCGGUGGAUGGCCGUGACGGCGCAGCUGGCGCCCUUCACGCGCGACACGAUCAUGCCCGCGCUGCGGUCCAGCGCCGAGGCCGCCGUGCGGACGUGCACGGGCGGCGACAACGGCCGCAUGUGCGGCUUCAAGUGGCACCAGAACGAGUGGGACGGCACCACGGGCGCGGGCCACCAGAUGAACGUCCUCGCCGCCAUGACCAGCCUGCUGAUGACGGACAACGAGAUCACGGGCGACGCGGCCGGGGGUUCCGGCGGGGCGCCCAUCACCAACGCGACCGGCGGCACGAGCGCUGGUGACUCGGCGGCCGGGUACGGCGACGAGAGGCCGUGGGAUGACAUCUACGAGCCGAUCACGACGGGGGACAAGGCCGGCGCGGCGAUCCUGACCGUCAUCCUGGUGAGCUUCCUCACGGCGGGGUGUGUGUGGGUCAGUCUGGACGAGGGCUUCAGCAUCGGCAGGUGA